CAAAGAGCGCUGCUGUGUGAGGAUUUAAGGCCCAAACUGGACUAGGAGAAACUGGACUACACAGCUCACCGGGUCCAGACCUCUGUGCGUAAAGGCGCACCUGCACCGUCCGGAGCUCAGAUUUAAAAUGAACUCCUUGAAUUUCUGCGGGACGUCCAGCGGUGGAGGCAUGUUUCCUCUCCACGGUGUGAACUCCAUGCUGUUCGACCUGCGCCACCAGAUGGCGGAACAGUACCGCGUGUACUCUGCCGCGAGCCCCGCGGUGCACACCCUGUCUGUGGCCGAGAGACUGGCAGAGCUUAUUCUGGAGGCUCGGUAUGGAAACCAGCAGAAGCAGCGCCGCAGCCGCACAGCCUUCACAGUGUCGCAGCUGCAGGCUCUGGAGAAAGCCUUCCAGCAGACACAGUACCCCGACGUGAGCAUGAGGGAGAGACUGGCUGUCUGCAUCAACCUGCCGGAGGCUCGCAUUCAGGUGUGGUUCAAGAACAGGAGGGCAAAACACCGUAAAGGUCAGAGGUGCUCCCCGCUCUCCAGAGACCACAGUGUGGAGGAGGCGCCACACCGCAGCACAGGGGGACAGGAGGAAGAGAGGACCGGAGACAAACAGGACAUUUCCACAUCACACACUGACAGAGACAAUCAUCCUCUUCAUCGCUGUCCUCCUCCUCCUCCUCCUCAUGUGGAUAAAAGCAGGGAUAUUUGUCCGCCUCGCACACAUUCAGACUCUGAUGUUUCACGGUGCUCCCUCCGCCUUCACUCCCCCCCACUCUUCCCCUUCAGGGAGUGCUACAGCCAGCCUCCUCACCAGCCCCUUGUAGGAGUGCUGUCCACGGAGCUGGCCCUCCCCCCGGUGUUCUGGCCCAUCUUACAGCACAGCUCUGCCCUCGGGGUCCAUCCGCCCUCUGUUACUAAAAACUGUAGCCUCUCCCUUCAGACUGCGUGCUCCACUAAAGCUCCUCAUCCUCACCUGGGGCUGUAAAUGUAGACCUGUUCACCUCCAGCCCGACAUCUCUGCUCCUGCGUGGGGAGAGACACGGUGGAGAAGCACUUACUUUACUGUAAACCUGACAGAAUAUCAAUUUUAAUUUAGAGUGUUAUUUUAUCUGUUUAAAGGGAAUACAUCUGUACAGUCACAUAUUUCCAAGUCUUAUUUAAGUCUGUUUUUAUUAAAAUCAACAGGUUGGUUGCAACUGAUGCGAAUUUGCAUCAACAAGACUGUUCUUUAUUCAUCACAAGCAGCAUGAACAUCCCAUUUAAAGAUAUUUGCCACCUUCAGUAUUAUUUAGCUGGUUACACCGGCAGUUAUAAUCCUUUUUAAAGCAUUUCAGAAAAGUUCCCCAUUGUAAUUAGGCACAGAAACAUACAAAUGU